AUGGCCGCGUUAUCGAUUAUGAAGAAGCAUACGUGCGCGUCUUUUUCUCCUCUCUGUAGACCUACAUAUACGUUUGGAGAUCUGCUGCUAGAAGCGCUGGAGACGUACGGUUCCACCACGUGCGUUUGCACUGGAUAUCUCGUACUGUGCCACACGUGGAAGAGAGAAGCGAAAUCGUCCAGGUCCUUGGCGGGAGCAGCCCUGUCGGGCAGUCGUGGUGGAGCUGCCGCUGUACACGCAAAGGAUCAAACGCUGUCUAUUCCUUCAGACGCUGCGCUGAUGCACCCAACAGGAAGUGUACACGACCAGGUGUAUGUAAGAGCCUAUAGCGCUUCAAUGAUCGACUCACCCCAGUUACUAGUCCCUGCACUACUUUACCAUUUCUCUAUUGGUAUCCUAUCCCCCUUCUCCAGACAGCACGCCUGUGCACACCCGCAAUCGGCUCUAUGGGGAAGUCGGUGGCUGCUGUUUCGUCUGCUUGUGGGCAGCUGCUUGACGAAGCUCCGCAGCAAAAGCAACGUGUGGAGAGACUUCACCGUAUUUGAUUCUCUGUAUGCAACACAGCCUCUGCCUAAUCCUUUCUCUUGGUAUCUGCAUCAAGAGGCACAUCUCGUCCACGCUACUGCUGCAGUAGCUGUUCUCAUCGUCGAGUGUGUGGCUGGUUUUAUGCUCCUCCUGCCUGUUCGCUCUUGUCGCCUUCUUGCUGCUUGCGCACAUCUCCUGCUGCAGCUGUGGUGCAAGCUUCACAAACAGAGGACACAACACGCUACAUACAUCUACUGCCAUACCGAAGUAGUCAUUACAAUUC